AUGAUCUUUGGUCUUGUGUUUUUUGUCCUUCGCAGCGACAAGCGCCACAGCUUGCCCAACCUGAGUCACCGUCUAGCCCUAAUGAAAUGGUUCGCCCCUAUGACACCUCACGGAUGGUUUAUAUACGGUUGGGGCCGCGUCUUGCAGGAUUCACUGGAUCGUCAAGAUCAUCGGUACGUUCAUCAUUGGCGCCGGCUCACUGGUCGUGAACCAUGUCCUCGCAGGUAUAUCUGGGUGGAUGUCUUCGGGGCAGAAGCUGCAGCCUCAGCUCUUGCGGCAAAUCUGGUUGUUCAAAGUCUGUUUGGGGGUUUUGUAACUCCUGACUCUUGCGACUCCAUCGUUGUAUGCACAUCUUAUACUCGGGUGGGGCAAUCGUGUCCUUGGGCUUGUUUAUUUGAUGUUUACUCCGGUACCUUGGCUUUCUGCCAAUACGGGGGAGUACCUAAGGACUCGAUUUGCUAUCCAGCUCUGGGGGAAGUGCCGGGCCAUAGACUAUAG